AUGGCACCAAUUACUCCCCUUAAGAAUUACGAUUAUCUUGUUAUUGGAGGAGGCUCAGGAGGAGUUGCUUCAGCUCGUCGUGCAGCUAAAUAUGGAGCUAAAGUUUUAUUAAUUGAAUCUAAAUUUGAGAAAUUAGGUGGAACAUGUGUUAAUGUUGGAUGUGUACCAAAGAAAGUUAUGUGGUAUGUAGCUGAUAAUGCUCAUAGAAAGCAUCAAUUAAAAUCUUAUGGAUUAUCCGAAACUGAACAAGAAGUUAAAUAUGGUGAUUUUAAUUGGGGAUUACUUAAAUCCAAAAGAGAUGCUUAUGUUAAAAGAUUAAAUGGUAUUUAUGCCAAUAAUUUAAAUAGAGAAGGAGUAGAAUAUUUAUAUGGACAUGCUAAAUUUAUAAAUUCUCAAGGUGAUGUUGAAGUAACUUUAACUGGAGAUCAAGAAAUUGGAUUUUUAGAAAAGGGUAAGAAGUAUGAAAAGAAUGAAAAGUUAAUAUUUUCAGCAAAAAAUAUCUUAAUUGCAACUGGUGGUACUGCUAUUGUACCUCCAAGUAUUGAAGGUAGUGAAUUAGGAGUUACAUCUGAUGGAUUUUUUGAAUUAGAAACUCAACCAAAGUCAGUAGCAAUUGUUGGAGCUGGAUAUAUUGGAGUUGAAUUUUCAGGAGUUUUCCAAAGUCUUGGUACUGAAACUCAUUUCAUUAUUAGAGGUGAAACUGUAUUAAGAUCAUUUGAUGAUUUAAUUCAAACUACUAUUACUGAUUAUUAUACUGAUAAAUUAGGAGUUAACAUUCAUAAGAAUUCUGGAGGUGUUAGUAAAGUUGAAGCAACUAGUGAUGGUAAGAAAAAAGUCUAUUUAGGUAAUGGUAAAGUUCUUGAAGUUGAUGAAUUAAUUUGGACAGUUGGUAGAAAAUCUUUAAUUGAUAUUGGAUUAGAACAUGUUGGAGUUAAACUUAAUGAUAAAAAGCAAAUCAUUGCUGAUGAAUAUCAACAAACUGCUCAUCCAAAGAUUUUCUCCUUAGGUGAUGUAGUUGGUAAAGUUGAAUUAACUCCUGUUGCUAUUGCUGCUGGUCGUAAAUUAUCCAAUAGAUUAUUUGGUGGAGAAAUUUAUAUUAAAGAUAAAUUGGAUUAUGAAAAUAUUCCUUCAGUAAUCUUUUCUCAUCCUGAAGCUGGUUCAAUUGGAUUAUCUACUAAAGAAGCUAAAGCAAAAUAUGGUGAAGAAAAUAUUAAAAUUUAUAAUUCUAAAUUUACUUCAAUGUAUUAUGCUAUGAUGGAUAGUGAUGAAUUAAAAUCUCCAACUGCUUAUAGAAUUAUUGUUCAAGGUCCAGAAGAGAAAGUUGUUGGACUUCAUAUCGUUGGAGAUGCUAGUUCAGAAAUUUUACAAGGAUUUGGUGUUGCUAUUAAGAUGGGAGCUACAAAGAAGGAUUUUGAUAGUUGUGUUGCUAUACAUCCUACAUCAGCUGAAGAACUUGUUACCAUGACCUAA